AGUGGCCUCCCCCACCUCGGCGCGCCUCAGUCGCCUUCCUCCACUCUCUCGGCCCCUCUUGACGCUCUUGCCCCUGUGCCAGUCACUCGCAUUCCCUUUGCAGGCAAACCGCGCGCGCGCUCUCUCCCUCCCCUCUCUCCCUCUCCCGCCCAUCCCUGCCACCCCAUUUCAUCGGGGGCAGACUGCCUUCCGCCUCCUCCCCCUCCCUGCCCAUGUUACAGUCCAUCUGCCACUCGUGCCACAGCCUGGAUGGCGUGGUUUUCCUGCAGGAGAUCGUCGGCCAUGUGGAGGACGUCCUGCCAUCGGCACUGCCCCUGCUGUCGGCCUUCUCCGUGGCCAGCAGCUCGCAGUUGGACCGCCGACGCCUGACUCUUUGGCAACAGUCUGAGGCCCGGCGCUAUCGGUCUUGGUUGUCCGGGCUGGCCAUCGGCAUGUUUGGCACUGGGGGAGUGUCCACCGGGGCCACGGCGGCCGGUGGGGAUUUCCCCUCGCCGGAAGUCGACAGCACCGGCGGGUCGCCACUCGGCGGCCGACCGGCGCGCGGCCCGGCUUCCCCGGGGUCUGGACCGCCGGCGGCCUCCUCGCCCGGAGGCGCUGCCAGCCCCGGGCACCCGAUGUCCCAACACUCGCGCAGCGCCAGUGCGGAGGCCAGCCUCGGGGGAGCUGGCCCUGGUCGGCCGGUGUCCGGGCAGCUGUGCUGCGAGUUCACCGAGCUGGCCUCCUUGUACUUGGAGUUCCGGUGUUGCGUGUCGCCGGCCACCGAGGCCAUGUCCCUGUUGGGCAGCGCGGCGGCCGGGGCAUCUCCACGGCUGGCAUCGGCCGGGGCUUCAGAUGGCCCCUCGCGACUCAAGCCCGGGGACUUGCUGGCCACCGGGGCCUCGGAUGACGCGGCCUCCUUCGACUUGGGGCUGAGCUCGCGCUCGCGCGUGUUCAUCCCCCGGCCGCCGGCCGUGACGCCCCCCUGGUGGUGGCCAUCCAUCCCGCAGCAGGCUCUGGCCAUUUUGCCAACCUCCUUUGUCGGGUCAUCCCUCGGGCCCAAUGGCCUUGCCGGCACCUCCGGCACGGAUGGCUGUUCGCCUGCCACCGGGCGCCUCCCCCUGGCCAGUCCCUUCAUCGAUCGUGUGGGGUCCUUCCAUGCGGCCAGCCAUCCCACCCCGGCGGGUGCUCCUGCGUGUGGGCACCUCCCCUCCUUCUCGCCAGGGCUUCCGCCUGGCAGUGUUUUGCGUCCGACGGCCGCUGACCGUCUGGACGCCUCCCUCAGCGCACACCUUCACUCCUUGACCUCGUCCAUGGCCUUCCCCACCUUCCUGCCUGCCGACGCCGGGCUCGCGCACAAGCCCCUGGUGCACUCGCUUCUUGUUCAGUCCAUCCAGCAGGGCAUGGGGCUGCCCUCGAAUCACCGCAUCGAGGUGUGGCUUCGUUGCAGUGGGGCACUUGAAUUGGCCGCGGACUCCCUUUCCCGGUGGAUGCUGCAUGGGAUCCCGUCGGCCGAACGCAGCCUCCUCCUGUCCGGUGGCGGCAUCGUUCACACCCCCUACCUGAACCUGGUGAGUCUGGCCAAGUCCAGCCUCUCGCCCCGGUAUGGCCAGCUCCGGCGCGAGAUCUACCGUGACAUCGGGCGGACCUUUCCGCAAGAGGCGGAUUUCGCCCACUUCUGCACCUCGGAGCACCUGUGCGAGCCAUGCCGCAAGCUAAAUUCCCCGUCCCUGUCGCAGACUGUCUCACGGGGAGACCUUCCCACCUGUCGGGGCACCUCCUGCGGCAAUGACAUGCUGGUGGACAUCCUGCUGGCAUAUGGUGCACGGAACCCGGACGUCGGUUAUGCUCAGGGGAUGAAUUUCAUCGCCGGAACCAUCAUCAAGGCGGGUGCCUCACGCACACAGGCCUUCUGGAUCCUGGCCGGGCUGAUCGAGCGCGUUCUGCCGCCGGCCUUCUUCGGCAAGCGCUUGGAGGGAUCGCGCAUCGAGUGUGACAUUGUCGAGCGCCUCUUCGAAUCGCCGGCCACCAUCGAACGCCUCCUCCGGGCGGGCUACCACGCUGACAAGAGCACACUCUACCGGGCCAUCCGGCGCCAGGGCAUUUCCUCGUCGGCAGUGCUGAUGGGGUGGAUGGCUGCCCUGUGGUCUCUGUCGGACUUGCCGUCUGAGAUUGUUCUCUUGAUCUGGGACCGGCUCUUCACCGAGGGCUCGGCAAUUCUGACACACACAUCGGUCUGUUUGCUGGCAUGCGCCGAAGCCGCAGUCCUCCAGCAGCAAGCCCAGGCGCGGCUCUCGUCCUCCGCAUCCUCUUCCGUCGGGUCCAGCUCGGAAUCGCUCUUCGGGCUGUCGUCCUUCUCCAGCUUCUUCGGUGCGGCGACCGGCCGCCCCUCGCGAGGCGCCUACCCCAACCCAUUGUCAAGCAUGCCGGGACCGGGUGAUCCACCUCGGGUGUCGAUCAAAUCCAUUUCCCUCUCGGAUCUGCUUGACGAGCCGGCGGCCGGUCGGUCGGCUUUGCCCGAGGCCCCGGUGCCCGGGCCGGACCCCGAGACCGAGGAUGGUGCCGAGCCGCCCAUCGAUGACCCGGCGCACUUCCGCUGGAAGAAGGCCCUCUCCUGGCUGUCACCUGGGCAUGAGGCAUCCACCGGGGCGAUGCCGGACGCGAUGGCCCUCGGCCCGGUGGCGUCCGGCCCGGUGACACCCGGGCCCAUGUCCUCCGAUGCCGCCGAAUCCCAUCUCCCAGUGUCAGACCCUCCGAAGGCCGAUGCCCCGGUGGCCGACGCCCAGCCAUCCGACCCGGGCGUGUUGCCCCCGCCGGCCCCCGGUGCCCCUCUGCCGGCCUCCAGCCGACCGACCUCCCCUUUCGAGACCGGGUCCAUCACGGUUCUCUCAGAUGAGGACCUCUUCCUGUCGGGCAGUGAUAGCUCCUUCCAGAUGCUGGGGCCGGGCUUCGACUCGCCCUCGGAACUGCAGCUCUUCUUCAAUCAGGCCAUUCAAUUGGCCCUGGCAUGCGGCCAGGCGCCGGGAGGCCGCGUGCCCGCCAGUCCCGGACCCUCGGCCUCCGCCUCGGCGGCCGGUGGCCUUGGCAGCCUGGGGAAUGUGGUGUCCCUGCCGCGCCCCGGGGGUGGCGAUUCCACCGGCCCCGGCGCCUACCUGCCCUAUUCGACGGUCCUGCUGGAGGCACUGACCGGGCCGCUGCUCGUCAACCUGCAGGCUAAUCGCAUUGCCAAGCUCCGCUCCGAGGCCACCAUCCGCAUCCAGGUUGAGGACAAUAUCGCCGAAGACCGCCUCCUCCAGUGGAAGGAGAGCAACAACUUCUAGAAGCACCUCUCGUGCCUCCCCCCCCCCC